CACUAUUGUGAAUUCGACAUAAGAACUCAAAAAAAAAAAACAAACAAAGCAAGAACAAAUAAAAAUGUUUUGUAAAAAAAGUUUCACAUUUUUCAUUUUAACUAUUUGUAUCUUUCUUGUAAUUACUUAUGGACAGGAAGCAGAUGAAGCUAAAACAUCUCUGGUCAGUGAAGAAAAUGAGUUUCACGACAACAAUGAUUAUGGUAGAGUAAUUUCAGCCAAGAGACAUGUAAAAAAUGAGUGUAAGACGAAUGGACGAUGUAGUAAUUCUAAAGAGUGUUGUCCUAAUUAUAAGUGUGCUUAUGAACUUGGUUGUGUGCACAUCAAGGAUUAUGUGCGAGCUACUUAUCUGUCAGCCUUCGAUCCUACAUAUUUAGGACUAACUUUUUGUUAAAAUAAUAUAAAAAAACGCUUUUAAUAGAAAGAAAAUAAUAAAAUAUUAUGAUUUUAAUGUUGUGUACACAAGUUACAGACAUAAUACGAAAAGUUGUAAACAUUUGAUAAUGUCUCACCUACUGUUGUGUUAAUAAAAUGAAAACUAAUGAAAACCACUGUUAGGUAUGUACUUUACACGUAACAAACAAUUAUUAUUAUAUUAAUUACUUAAUAAUUAAAUAAAAAUUAAAUUAAUAAUUAAUAAAACUUAAACUAUUGACAAGAGUAAAAUUAUGAAAAUGUGAAAGAAAUUGUAUUGCA